AUGCGUCCUAAACAUGCUGCUAAUGUACGGGACGACGACUCCAAGUCGAUAGCAACCAACCAAUAUGGGAUUCACUGUUCCCAGCAACGGAACAUUACCGGCAUCUUCCCUCGAGAGAGCGCAAACCCCCAUCCCAAUUCUUUUCGUCUCUGCUCAUUGCUGAACCUCACUGCUGAACCACCCAUGCCCAUUUUCGAAGCAGAAGGUCAGAAGGUUCCAGCUCUGUGGGAGCAGCUUGACUUGCGACCGAGCUCUUUGCGACGAGUGACUCUGCGUCAAGGGUCAAAAAACCAAAAGUCACAGACGCUUCGCCUGGCCGCGCCCACCAUGAUCCCCACACCAGCACGCCGGCGCUUAAACCUCGACCAAUCCGCUGCCUCCCCGCCGACCGUUGGUGAUGGUCCUGACGGGAACCGGGACACCGCGGAACCCCUGUCAUUCCCGCCGUCGAACCAAUCAAGACCCCGGCCAUUCUGA